GCCCCCCCCCCACUAUCCACGCGAGCCUGCCCACCCCUGCGUGGGAAUCGCAGGGAGGCGCGGAGGAGGCUUGGCAGGAAGGACCCGAGGGAGGAAGAGAGCGGCUGGCCACCCACCCACCCAGAGGGUCUGCCUGGGGCUGGCAGCCUCCCCCCGUGAGAGGAGCCCCCGCCCCAUAGGUUGCUUGGCGACAACUGCCCACGCCUGGCACCAUGGCGGCCAUGCUCCCCUGGCGCCGGAGCAAGUUCGUCCUGGUGGCCGAAGGCGAGGGGGCACCGGCUAAGGGCAAGAGCCUGGGGCCCGGCCUGAGCUACUGCGCCCUGCUGGCCAACCUGCUCCGGGCCUGCCCGGACCUGUGGCCCGAGUGCCCGCUGGAGCGCCUGGCCGGCCUCUUCCGCAGCAAGCGCCAGACGGUGGAGCUGAACAAGGAGGACCCCGUCUACACCGCCUGGUACCUGGGCAACGCCGUCACCCUGCAGGCGAGGGGCGAGGGUUGCACCGACGAGGCCGUGGAGAAGAUCUGGGCCAAGAGCGGCUUUGGGGGCCGCGGCACCAAGAUGAAGCUGGCCCUGGGGCCCCACGGCCUCCGGAUGAGCCCGGCGGAGAAAGGCAGCCGCCGGCCCGCCCACGCCUACCUGCUGCACCGCAUCACUGCCUGCGGGGCCGACCCGCGCCGGCCCAAGGUCUUCGCCUGGGUCUACCGCCACCAGGUCAAGAACAAGGCGGUGGUUCUCCGCUGCCACGCCGUCUUGCUCUCCAGGGCCGAGAAGGCCCACGCCGUGGCCUGCCUUCUCCGCCAGACCUCCCGCUCGGCCUUCGACGAGUUCAAGCGCCUCAAGAAGCAGGACGAUGCCCGGCACCUCCAGCGCCAGCUCUUGGGGGAGGCCAUCAUCCCUCUGGUGCCCCUCCGGAGGCUGCUGAACUGCAAGUGCCCCUACCGGCCCCCGCCGGACAGAAACCGCAGCGCCCCCCGGCUGAGCGCCAUCCAGGAGGAGGAGGAAGAAGAGGAGGAAGAGGAGGAGGAAGAGAAAACCAAGAGGGAGGGAGCCAGCCACCCUGCCACUGCCACGGCUACUCGCUCCGCGCCCAAAGCCGACUGCACCCGGGCCACGGGGGUCUUCUGUUCCCACAGCAGCCUUAGCACAGUGGCCGGCACUAUGCCCACUCGCUUCUCCCUUGGUGGCCUGGAGAGUGCCACGGUGGUGGUCUGUGCCCCCGGCCCCUUGAGCACCACCUCCCCGGUGGGUGGCGCUGUGGCCGCCUGCCUCUCCUUCAGGGCCCCCGAGGCCCCCCUGGUUGGUCGGGCCACCCUGGGCUGCCACGAGGCCACCGCCUGUCCGGUUUGCAAACCGGGCCAAAGCCGGGAGAGGCCAGAGGUGCUGAGCUUGGUUCGGGAGCUCCGCUUCUGCACGUUGAGGGGGCCUCUGCCCCAGGCGGACACGCUUUCCCGCUGGCAGGCGGAUCACAAGGAGCCAUCCUGUUUGCCUUGCUAGAGGACCGCCGGGUGGUUUUUCAGGCUGCCUGGUGAGAGAUUCGCGGAAAGGUGUGGGCGUUGAGAACAUUCCGUUUUCUCCCUGCUUCGGUCGCCUGCGCCACCCAGCCCCCGACCGAUUGCGCGCACACAGAGAGCAAAACGGAGAUGCCUUAGCGAUGGAUUGAUAUGACUUUCCCUGCUCCCUCCAGCCUGGCCCAUGUCUUAUGGACCGGACCGGGCUUUCUCUUUGGCCAAAAUAACGGGCUGGCUCUGGCAUUUUCCCUCCUGUCGACUCUGGAGGCUUCCUGAUCAGAUCCAGCAUCAGCCAUGUGCCAGAGACCCUAAGUCUCUUGAGUGGCACCUCCCUCCGGAGCCCCCCUCCUGGGACAGAUUUUACCACCUCCGCAGGGAGAGAAAAAAGCCAGCCUGCUUUAUGCUUUGCAGCAGGCCCGGGAGAGGGAUCCCAGUGUCCUUCGAACUGCUUUGAAAGAGGGAGCGAAGAGUCAUCAUGAACUGUGUUUUUUAAGAAUUUUACUGUUGUGUACAAAUGGAGAUGUUUAUUUAUACAUAAAGUGUGGUCCAGCCUUCCAGUCUGUUAACCGCGUUGGCAUGCUUUGUAGUGGGGUCGCCAGGGAGAGGUGGGCUGGCGCCUGGUCUUCGGGGCUCCCCCAUCAGAAUCUCGGGCUGCCCAGGCCGGAGGGGGGGAGCGUAAUGGAGGUGGGGAUGAACAAAGAGACAGACAGACAGAGUGGUAUUUGGAACGGACAGACCCCCCCACCCACAACUCAUUGUGGCUCGAGCCGACCCACUGAAAUCAGGGGGACUUGGCAUAGGAAGGACCGCUCAGCCCGUCUCUUGAGGCACUGCUCUCAGUGAUGUGGUGGACUCCGGCACCCAUCAUCCACACCAGCAUGCUGACCAAAGGUGGGGGAGGAGUAGCCCACCUCAUCGGGAGCCUUGCCAAGCUAAAGAGGGAUGCUUCGACUCUGAGAAUGAUGCUCACAUGGGAAAGUGAUGUUGGGGGCAUCAUUUUUUUAAAGAGCCCGCUCUUUAUGCUGUUUUCCUGAUCCA